UGGUCAGUCUUCCCUUUACUAACUUGGAAUGGUUUCAAAUCGAAAGCAUCCUCGAUUAACCCGAAAACCCAUUCAUCAGCAAACACAUCGGAUCGAUGUUACUUUAACCUCUAACGCUGCCCUGCCACACAUACAGGUUAAAUGAAUACCUGACGAAAAUGGCCCACGUUUCAAGGCAGUGAAAUCCGAUAUCCGAGAGGAAGAGUGGCUGUAAUGAAAAGCAACCUUUGGAAUCCCUCCUUGAGAAAAUUCCGAUUCAGCCCUUUCUUUCUUUUUUUUCCUGUUAUCGCAGCAAGAAAUGAUCAGUAGCAGCAGCGUUUAUGGCAUAACGAUGCAGUGGACCCCAGAGCACGCCCAGUGGGCCGAACAGCACUUUGACAUCACCUCCACCACCCGCUCCCCGGCGCACAAAGCCGAGGCCUACCGGGGUCACCUGCAGCGGACCUACCAGUACGCCUGGGCCAACGACGACAUCUCCGCACUGACCGCCUCCAACCUCCUGAAGAAGUACGCCGAGAAGUACUCGGGCAUCCUGGAGGGCCCGAGCGAGCGGGCCCUGCUCAGCUCCUACGCCGACGGGGCCCCGGGGCUCCUGAACGGCAGGAAGUCGGAGAGCGAGCCCUGGCAGGAGGCGGUGUACCCCAUGAACUGCGUGCCCGACGUCAUUUCCGUGAGCAAGGCCGGGGCGGCGUCGGGGCUCCCCCCGGCCGACGUCUCGGCCAGCAUGGGCGGCUCCCCCGGGGUGGAGCCCGGCUACUCCAGCAGCAACUGCGGGGGCCUCCACUCGGGGCUCCCGGCUCAGGAAUACGUCUCGGGCUACAACGGCUCGUACCUGCAGUCCGGCUACAGCGGGCAGCCCGCCUCGGCCCUCCCCUCGCCCCACCCCUCACCCCUGCACAGCGCCGGGCUCCUGCAGCCCCCCCCGCCCCCGCCUCCUCCCCCGACCCUGGUGCCCGGCUACAACACCGGGUCCCCCAACCUCUCCGGCUACAACUACCCUCCCGCGGGGUACCCACCCCAGACUGCCGUGGCGCCCGGGUACAGCCCCGGCGGGGCCCCCCCUCCGUCCGCCUACUUGCCGUCAGGAAUCGCCGCCCCCACGCCCCUGCCUCCCUCCACCCUCCCCGGCUACACCUACCAGUCCCAUAACAUUGCGCCAAUUGCACCGACACCUUUGAACAGCAGUUCAGCCAAUUCCCUGAAAAGGAAAGCUUUCUAUAUGACAGGGCAAGGAGAAAUGGACUCCAGUUAUGGAAAUUUCAGCUACAGCCAACAGCGGUCGACGCAGAGCCCCAUGUACAGGACGGGAGACAGCAGCAUUUCAAGCGCGAGCAGGGGGAAUGGAUUUGACAGAAGUGCUGAGGCGUCGUCUUUGGCGUUUAAGCCGACGAAGCAGCUGAUGGCCCCGGAUCAGCAGAGGAAAUUCAGCGGUCAGUCCGGCAGGGCGCACAGCCCUCCGUCCUUCGCCCCGCCGAAGGGCUCCCUGGGAGGCUCGAGGACUGGCGAGGCGUUCGGCAAGUUCACGUCGCCCGUCAUGGGCGAGCACGGGGACGAGCACAGGUCGCACCUCCCCCACGCCAUGCCGGGGUCGGCGGUUGGCGCAGCUACCUCAUCCGCCCACCCCGCCGAGGACCAGCUGAAGAGCAGCGACCCGCGCCUGGUGGAGCUGGUCACCACGGAGGUCGUCCAGCAGGGCCCCCCGGUGGACUGGAGCGACAUUGCCGGCCUGGAGCUAGCCAAAGCCACCAUUAAAGAGGAGGUGCUCUGGCCCAUGAUGAGGCCGGACGUUUUCAGUGGCCUCCAGGCGCUACCUCGGAGCAUCCUUCUAUUCGGACCUCAGGGAACGGGCCGGAUGCUGCUGGGCCGGUGCCUAGCCAGCCAGCUGGGCGGCACCUUCCUCCGGCUCAGCGGCUCCGCCCUGGCGACCAAGUGGCUGGUGGAGGGGGAGAAGAUCGUCCAGGCCGCCUUCCUGGUGGCCCGGUGCCGGCAGCCGGCGGUGGUGUUCAUCAGCGAGGUGGACAUGCUGCUGUCCGCCCAGGUGAGCGAGGACAGCCCGGUGAACAGGAUCAAGGGCGAGCUCCUGAUGCAGCUGGACGCCGUGCUCAGCUCGCCCGAGGACCAGGUCCUGGUGGUCUGCUCCAGCAGCAAGCCCGAGGACAUCGACGAGUCGCUGAGGAGGUACUUCAUGAAGAGACUCUUCAUACCGUUACCCGACAGCACAGCAAGGCACCAGAUAAUCACUCAGAUGCUCUCACAGCACAACUAUUGCCUCAAUGACAAAGAGGUUGCACUGCUGGUCCAGCGGACGGAGAGCUUCUCCGGCCUGGACGUGGCCCGUUUGUGUCAGGAGGCGGCGGUGAGCCUUCUCCACGCCAUGCCCGGCGCCGACCUCACCGCCAUCCUGCCCGGCCAGCUGAGGCCCGUCACGUACCAGGACUUUGAGAACGUUUUUUGCAAAGUCCAGCCCAGUAUAUCACAGAAAGAAAUGGACACGUACAUGGAAUGGAACAAAAUGUUUGGGUGCGGCCAGUGAAGGGGAAGUUGGCAAGAACCGCAUGGGCGGGCGAGCGAGCGAGUGAGCGAGCGGACGGGUCUGUUCGAGAAGGACGGACGACGGCGCCCUCCGGCCGGGGGAACGGAAGUGCAGACAGCAGCGGACGCCGUCUGGACAGACUUGAAACGACUGCGCUUUAAAAACGGGAGCCGGUAAAUCUACGAGUCGCAAACACAGAUCUUAUUUCAUGCUUGAUACUGCUGAAGCCAGCGUCACUUACAAAGGUGCAAGUGAGGUGACUUUGAAACGAUGGAGGCCCUCUGUUUGUAUAUAUCAUUCUGCUGUUCUUGAGAUUUAGUUGCUAUCAAGUGCCUAAAGUGGUGCUUUUAUCAUUUUGUAUUAUUAUUUGUUUGCCUCACAAUCUACAUUGGUGGCAUGUGCUAAUAUUAAGAGCUUUAACUUCAAACACAAGACUAAAACUAGAGAUGUGCUGUUAUAGGAGACAGUCUGAUUUUUGCCAUUGUAAGAGCAACAGUAUUCCUCAAUUGGGCCUGUUCUGCAGUACCAUGUGAGAACAGGAGCAGAUAGGGUAAUGGUAAUCCGGACCCUAAUUUGUAUAUGUCAUUUCAGUGUUCUGCCUGCAAAAACUCAGGAAAGUGAUUGUGAUUUGUACAGUACCUCAUAAGAUUGUGUGGAAGGCACUAUGUACUGCAUUAGGCUUGGUUUCUGAUUUAUACAUGAUCUGAAAAUGUAGGUUUACCUCAACAGGCUUAAUAGGAAAUGGCAAGAACAUGACGAUGAAUGUACCAGAUGUAUUCUGGAGAGAUGGGACAUAGUCAAUAGUAAGAAUUUGUUUUCUUUUCCAUGAAUUAAAGUGAAGAAUUUUUAUUGUGUUUUUUUUUUUUUUUUUUGAUUUACCUUUUUGAGAUGGGAGAGUUAAGGUCCAGUUUCUUGAUUUGUGUUUCUUCUCAAAUUCCAAAUUAUGUAUCAGUGUCCUGAUACUGAACUUCAGCCGCAGUACAUGAGAAGUUUAGGCCUACCGGUUAUUAUGGGAUGGGCGUAGUUGAUGAAGUUGAGGUAAUUCUAUUAAACCCUGCCCACAUGAAGAAUAAAAACAAAAAACAAAAACAGAACCCAUGUCGUGUAAAAUGCUACCGUGCUACCCCUGGCUCUCCUAUUUUGGAGAGCAUGUGGCAGGGCAGGAGCCAAAUUAAGACUUGCAUCUGCUGCUCAUAUUGUACAAGCUGAGCAUCUGGGGCCUGAAAAGGAUAAAUUGUUCUCCCCAAACACACAACGAAAUGGCUGUUGGUAGAGUAUGUGACUCCGCUGCUGCUGUCACGUGUAUAACAGUGGCUAAGGAUUACGUAUCCCGUAUGCCAUACUUUCUGUUCUACCUCAGUCUAGGGUCAUUCUCUCUGAAAGCAGAACAUCUUAGGAUGGCUAGAUAUCAGAAACCCUUUGGUGUACUGAAUCAGUCUUUUUGAACAAAAAGAACGAAGGAUGUUGCCUUGGAUUUAAGUCGGUCGCGGUGCCCAAGCAGUCCUCUUUAGCUCUUUCGUACUUCUGUUUCCCCCGGUCCCCAGACAGAGGGAGGUUUUCCCAUCUGGAAAAGCUGUCACGGCCUGUCAUUUGGCAUGCGCCACUCCGUUCAGCUCGCUCCGUUUAAUGAUGCUAUGCUUGGAGUGCAGCUGUUUGCAAUGUCACGAAUGAGCACUGGGUAACAAGUCUGAGCAAGUCCGAGCUUUGGAAACAUGGGGAAGUCCAUUUACCUGCAUGAGAAAAAUGAAGCCUUGCAUUUGAAUGUAUUUUUAUUUUGCCUUUUCUUUUAUCUUGUAUCAUUAUGAAAACUGUUGCUAAGCACUAGUCCUGUGGUAUGUAGCCAUACCACUUCAUACCACUGAAGGUUUUAAGAGCAGUUUAUAACAGGUGCACUGAGCGUUGUUUGUUUUCUUUCUCACACCAGUUUGUUUUGGUUUUAUUUUCCUGUCAUUGUAUGAGAAGUCAAGUAAUUCAUCCAUAUUUAUUACAUUUUUCAGUUAUUAUUUAAUUGUUGUUAUUCAUUUUUCAUGAAGUGACUACUUUUCCACUUUUAUGUUUUCCAUUGCUUGUUCCAUGCCAUUAUAGCAUCCAUUGAGAUACAGAGCGAUCUUCUAUUGAAUGUAUACUAACAAUAUUUCUUUUCCCUUUGAUGUAACAUGUUCCUAAAGACUACUGCCCUUGUUUGACCCAUAAAAUGACGUACAGUUGGCCUUAAACUGGUAAGAAAUAUGAUGUCCUCCUGACAGCUCUCUCAUUUAAAUUUCCCUAAGAGAGGUCAUACACUAAGAUGCCACACACUAAUAUUUUAUAAUUAGGGUGAUUGAAAAAGAGCGUUAAUAAUCCCAACAAAAGUGUUCAUUUGAAAUUCAUAAAUUUUCCUUGUUUGGCCAUAAACUUGACGUAUGGUUGUUGCAUCCAAUUUAAAACUUUUACUGAGGAUUAUUUUAAAAUAUAUACUUUGCCAGAAAUCUGUUUUAAAAUAUAAUUUAUAUACAUUAUGAAUGAACACUGUACGGUAAAGUACUGGAGAAGAUACUCUAGGGGCACUUAAAUGCAUUACUGUGUGGGGGAAAAAAGGAGUGUUACUAUGUUUAACAUUUUUUGCCCUCGUUAUUUAACCACUUUUGAAAUAUCAAUUUCAUCACGUAGCUUAAAACUCUGAAUCUAAUGAGCAAUUAAUCGAAAUGUCCUUUAAAAUAUUUGAUUUAUCUGAUACUAAUCUCUAUUUUCAAUCACCCUUGAAGGAACGGCAAAUUCAACAAUACAUUUUGUUUCCACGUGAGUUAAUUGUGCUCAAACUGGAAAUCUUUUUCUUUAAUUAGAAAAUGCUAAGCCAUGCUGCUGGGUGUUUAUCUGACAGGGACUGUGCAUUUUUUUUUUUUUUUUUUCUCUGUCUGUGUGUUUCAAGUCUUUGAUGGCAGUGGACAGGUUUAACUGAGGGCAGUGUAUUCUUCUCCCACCUUUCGGUUAUUUACUCUUUUACACUCGGCUCAAAAUUGGAGAUGCGUGUAGCUAUCAGUCUGUUCAUUAACUAAACCCACUUUUUUUCAGAAAUAUGGACAGACAUAAUUAUUCCACAAAACAAGGAGUGUUGCCUAAAUUAGGUGCAAUGGUAUGUGUGCUUUGCUAAUUCAGCUUCAUCCGCCAUUGCAGUUCUAUAUUUAUUCUGUAUGUCCCUUCAUAGAAGAGAUUAAGCACUCAAGCAAGAAAUUGCACUUCUAUUUUACAUUUGAGAGACACCAGAAUGGAUCCGCACAGCACAGAGAGUAGCCUAACUGCUGCCUGUCCAAUAGUAAAUAACUAGGAAAAAUCCACCUGCAGUACAUCAAGGUUACAAGCACAUUCAUUACUUCUCAUACAAUUCAACCAAAUCACUUGAAAUUUGUUUUUAACCAACAUUUGUCCCUUUUUUUCUUCCUGUUUUAGUUUUAUACAAAACUGCUAAGGAUGAUGUUUUUUUCACGUCUGUAUCUUAUGUUUAUAUUCGAGCAUUGUUCUUUAUAAACAUUUCUACCUCAUUGCUACAUAUUGUACAUGUAGUAUUUAUUUUAUGUCUUUUUGAAUGUCAUGCAUUUGUAACAAAAACAAAAAAAAACAUGAAAAAAGACUUGUCCUUGAACUCGAACAGUCUACCUCACAAAGACUGUCUUUACACUGAACAGUAUUAGCAACAGAAUUGAUAAGACAUAUUUGGUGAGUGUGGCAGUGAAGAUAAUUCACACUUACUACGGAUAUUUACCAACUUCUUAAUAUACUCACAAUGCUAAAAUUUCUGCAAGAAAAUUGUGGACUGUAUAGGUCUUCUGCAAGGUCUCUUAAUGCAAAAUCAGUUUGAACAUAUAAUGCGUUGCUUUAUUCUUUUGUGAAUUGUAGUAGUGCGCGUGUGAAUGUGUAUGUGUGUGCACAUAUAUAAUAUAUAAAAUUCAUUGUGUACGUGUGGGAUUUUAUAUACAAAUGAUAUAUAUAAAACACACUUGCACAAACAUACUUAAUGUACAUUUGUUAUUGAUAUAUACAUACUAAAUGCACCACAUACAUGUUUAUAUGUGUGUAUAUAUCGCCAUACUUACAGUCAACUUAAAUGUAUUUUCAUGUAUUCUGAGGUACAACGUACAGCAAAAGAUCCAUUAAAGACAUUUUCUUGAAAUCUUUCUCUCUGUAUCUUUUGUAUUUCCAUUCAAAUUAUUAGGUUUGAGGGGUGCUUGGACACCUAUGUACAAUGUUUACUGUGCCUGUACACUGAAUUUCAGUGAUCCAAAGAUGAGUGCUGGGAGCUUAGCCCAAGCUAAAAAAAAAAAAAAGUGCACCAUUUAAAAUUUGUAUAUGAAAAGACCUAUACAAUGCACAAUAUAGAUAAACUGCUGUUCGUCUUUAUUUUGAUCUUAUCUUUCUUUUGUCUUUUGGCUGAAUAUCUACAACUUAAAAAAAAAAAAUCUUUUUUGUGGUUUUUUUUUUGCAUUUUGAAAAGACAAAUGCUUUAUUGCACUCAUUAAAGUAUAAAAACCCAUUUCCCUUUGAAAAAAAAAAUUACAAGCAUCAAAUUAUGAAGGCUUAAAUUACCCAUCACUCACAUAAUGAACUCCCAUAAUUUGUGAGCAUUGUUAAUGUAAAUUAGAUAUUUCUACUUAGGACUUUUUUACGGUACUAUUAUAUGGUUGAUGGUAUAUGCAUAGGAAGCUGUUGUACAAUUAAAUUUGACAUCUGAGAACAUCGCUGAAUGUUUGGGUCUUAUCGCAGUCUCAACUGUAAUCUGUUGCCUCAUCCUCUCUGGUGUGUGUUGUAAUGUUCUUUCAGAUCAGUCCCCAUGUAAGAGAUCUCCAUUGGAGAUUUAUUUUUGUUUUUCUGUGUUUUUUUCUUUUCUUUUUUUCUUUACAAGAUAACUUGUCAUUGGGCACUGGCUUGGUUGAAAUUUCAGAAUUAAAAACCUAUUAAAGCGGUAACUAUU